AUAUCUUCUUCUGUCAUAAACAGCUUAGUAUUCCUUAAUAUUCCUCCUCCUUCUUCCAUCGUGUGCUUACUUCAUUCUAAUAAUUUUUACGUACAUAAAUGUAUAGCGCAUUCAUUUCUUCAAAUACUAUUAAAGUAUUAAAUUGUGAUUUAAUUUUACAAACCGUCAUUCCAAAUUUAACAUUCCUUUUUAUAUUCCUUCGUUUCCCCACCUUUCAUAUAUACUAUCAUUGGCCAACACUAAGCGUGAAGCCAGAAAAAGAAAAAAAAAACUGAUCAAUAAAAUUCAUAGACGUACAUGUUUGUCUUCAAAUCAUUGAUAAAAAUUGUCCGAAAACCCCGAAAAGUGUGUUUAUUUGAUUGAACAAGUACAACAUGAAUUCUAUUUGCUAAAUAAUAAUUAUACUAUAAUAGUAGCUCUUUUAUACACGGUAACAAUGUCUUGUAAUUACGCUGAAGGGUUGUCUCCUUAUGCAAACAAAGGUGUUUUAGGAGUGCCAGAGAAAUUCGACUCUUUGGAGAAAUUAAACACGAAGUGUCAGUUAUUGGCCCAGCUCAUAAGUGAGGCAGAGCAUGUUGUUGUUCAUACUGGGGCAGGCAUCAGCACGUCAGCUGGUAUACCAGACUUCAGGAGUCCCAAUGGUGUAUGGACAUUAGAAAGACAAGGCAAGAAGCCCGAAAAUGACACGUCGUUUGUAGAUGCUGUGCCCACAAAAACACAUAUGAUAUUAAAGAAACUGGUUGAGUGUAAUAAAGUGCAGUAUAUAGUUAGUCAGAACAUAGAUGGCUUGCAUCUCAAGUCUGGACUGCAGAGGAAGUAUCUGGCAGAGCUUCAUGGCAACAUGUUUAUUGAUCAAUGUAAAUUGUGUCAAAGGCAAUUUGUGCGCAGUACUCCUGUGGAGACAGUUGGCAAGAGAAGUAGUGGGGUACCAUGUGCUGCUGAGCUUGUGUCUGGUAGGCCUUGCAGGGGCCGGCUCUAUGAUAUUGUACUAGAUUGGGAACAUAGUCUGCCUCGAAAUGAUUUUGCUAUGGCCACGUGGCAUUCAUGUGUUGCAGACUUGAGUAUAUGCUUAGGCACGACUCUUCAGAUAAUGCCAAGUUGUGAUAUACCACUUGAAACAGUAAAAUAUGGAGGAAAACUAGUCAUUUGUAACUUGCAACCCACGAAACAUGACAACAAAGCCGAUUUAACAAUCAACUACUAUGUCGAUGUCAUACUAGAGAAAGUGAUGAGUAUAUUGAACAUCGAUAUACCAACGUAUUGUGAAGACGAGAACCCAAUCAAGAAAGCUCGCUCCGCUAUGAUUGAGUGGACCAUAGACAACCGCGAUAUGUUGCAAAUAGAGAAAUUGUGGAAAGACAAAUGCAAAGGCGUCAAGAAAAACAAGGUAUUAAUUAAAAAAAGAAAUAGCACAGAAGUAACAGGAAAUGAAGUUACUGAUGAUAAGUCUAAAAUAAUUAAACUGGAAGUAAAGGAAGAGGUUAGUGAUGAUAAAUCUAAAAUAAUUAAAGUGGAUGUUAAGCAAGAGGUUAUUGACGAUGUAGAUGUGAAACAAGAGAUUACAGAGAAUUGAAUUACUUUAGAGGCAUAGUACUUAAUCAUACUCAUAAUUUUUAUGACCUGAUAACAAUUUAGGGUGAUACACAAAUAUGUGUAGUAAAUAUUUAUUUUACGAAAUAAUACAGAACUAUAAUUUAAAGUGCUAAGUCCUUAUAACAUGACAGAGAGAGUGGAUAUUUCUUUAAUUUUCAUUAAACUCUCCUUGUUACAUAAAAAUCAUUCAUUUUUCAUCGACAUCAUUUAAUCUUAGGCUAAAGUUAGCUAGUAACAUGUUUUAUUCAAAUUUGAUCAUUAUGAUGUAGCCAAUAAAGUCAAAGUUAGUCUCAUAAGCCAAUUACAUAUUACCUUUACUGAACAUUCUUGAUGCAACUGUGAACACUUGAACAGUUUUUAACUGGUUAUACAUAGUAGUAUGUUAUAGUACUAGUAAAUAUUCUCACAUUCCGCAAUGAUGAACAAAUAAUUAUGGAUGAACAACAGUAAUUGUGUUAUAAAUAAAACAACAAUAGUAAUAAAAAUAAAUAAUGUAUUCAUAUU